AUGGACAAAAGAAUUUCCUUAGAUGGCAUAGAAAUUCUCCAGACACUUGGAACUGGGUCAUAUGGGAGAGUCCGCUUACUCUUCUAUGCAUGCGCAAGCAAAAUUUUAGGAUCAUUAACUUUUUAUCAAAAACUAAUAUUAUAGGUUUGCCUUGAAAUUUAAAAAUCCAAUAAAAAUCAAUUAGAAAUUUAGACAUUAAAAUUAUCAUUUAAAAUUUUUGCUUUGAGGAACAAUUAGGGAUUUCCAGGGGAUGCUCGCCAACAAAGCGAGAGUUAGCUUAUAUGCAAGCUGAAAAACAAUUUAUUGCAUUAAAGAUUAUCAAAAAAACUGAAAUAAUUCGUCAUAAACAAGUAGACCACAUUAUUUCUGAGUUAGCAAUUUUACGGAUGAUCCAGCACCCAUUUUUGGUCAAUUUUAUAGGGUUUACUCAAGAUGACCGUUAUCUUUAUUUUGCACUUGAAUACGUACCUGGAGGAGAAUUAAUCUAUAAUCAUUGAUAUGGGCAUAAGUUUAUUUAAGAAAAAGCUUCUUUUUAUGCAAAAUAAUUAAGAAGUCUAACUUUAACCAGAAAAUAUUAAAAAAAAAUAAAAUAUUUACGUAUCUCAGGAAUAUAGGGAGAAUAGAAAAUUUUCAAGCACAGCUCUAUGCGGCUCAGAUAACUUUGAUGAUUGAAUAUUUGCACUCUUUAAAUGUAGUUUAUCGAGACUUAAAGCCAGAAAAUCUAUUGAUUUCUGGAGAUGGGUAUUUAAAACUCACAGAUUUCGGGUUUUCUAAAGUUGUCGAAGGAAGAACUUAUACCUUGUGUGGUACUCCUGAAUAUUUGGCUCCUGAGAUUUUAAUGAAUAAAGGGCAUGGCAAGCCAGUUGACUGAUGGACAUUAGGCAUCAUCAUUUAUACUGUUUUGCAUUAAAUUCAUACAAAUUAUGAAAUUAAAGAUAUUAAAAUUUUAACUAUUGCCGAAUGAAUAAAAAUUUCAAAAUAAACUUAGCUGGCAUAUGAAAUGCUAGUUGGAGUUGACCCUUUUAGUGAUGAUGAUCCUAUUGCAGUCUAUCAAAAAAUCCUAAAAGGCAAAGUAAAAUUCCCUCGAGGCUUUGACAAAGCUGCGAAAAGCUUAAUCCUGCUUAUAUUUUUCCUGUUAGUGGAAAUCAGCAAUAUUUUAUCUAUAAAUCACUAUUAGCAAAUUUUGUAAAAAGUCUAAAUUGCAAAUAUUGGAAGCUUAAAUUAGCCUAGAUAUUAUUAAGAAGCACCUGGCAAGCCAUCUCGACUUUUUAAGACACUGCUUCGCUCUAUCCUCGAUGUUGAGUUACCGUGCCGUAUGUCAACGAGGCUGCUCUUUCCAAAAAUUCAAAAAAGUGAAUUUUCUGGUCAGGUAUCGAUCUGAAUGAAAAUUGCAGUAAAGGAUGCAAUUUCUAAUGCCGCUUUGAGGAAAAAAUAUAUUGCAUUUAUAUAGGUUUUAAAAUCAAGUUACAUUAAUAGAAAUAGCCAUAUUUCAUUAUGAUAGUUACUCUACAAAAAUUUGCUCGACAUUGAGGGAUUAAUUCGAAUUUUCAAUGAUUUUUCAUGUCCACUAAAGGGGGAAGCUAGUAAAACAUUUACUUGUUUCUGAUUUAACAAAAAGAUAUGGAAAUAUGAGAGGGGGAAUAAAUGACAUAAAAAACCAUCGGUGGUUUUCAGUCAUUAACUGGCAUAGACUCUCAAAAAGAGAAAUUGAAAUGCCUUAUAAGCUUUUUAAGAAUAAAAUGAUGAUGUGAACAGAAGAUUGACUCCGAGGGCAUUCUCUAUGAGCAGGUUAGGACCGUCCUGAUGAAGCUGAAAAUAUGCCUCUGUCACUUUUUGAAGUAGGCCUUCGGGAAUGCCUGUAGAAGAGGCAAGUGUUGUUUUUCUUAGCCUAACUUAACUUAUAAGCCUUUAAGAAAUAAAAUGGUGACGUUGACUGAAAUUAGACUCUAAGGUGCACUCCUUAUGAAGCAGGCAGCCCAUCCUGAUGAAGCUGAAAUAAUCCUACGCCACUUUUUGAGCAGUCCUUCAAGCUUGGGGAGCCUUGCUGAAAAAUGAAGUUCUAUUUCUCCCAGAAGUUUUCCUAUUCCUAAUAGAUGGGCUAGACAAGUUUACCAUAUGAUCUCUGCUUAUCUGGGUACCUCAGAGACGGUUGCUAUGCCUUAGGUAGCUAAUUUCCAUGGACAAGUGGUUCAGAUGGGCGAUCUUUUGGAGUCAAGAUGAGCAACAGCUAAUGAUUUACCCUCUUAUGGCUAGCACAACCUUUGAUAAGCCUUUUAUUAGUUCACCUGGAGAUACUUCGAAUUUUUCAAGUUAUCCUGACUCAAGCAACAUGCCUAGCCCUGUAUGCUCUGAUGAUGACCCUUUUAUAGACUGAUAG